ACAACCACACCUGAACCAACAACUACACCAAACCAAACAACCACACCAGAACCAACAACAACACCAGAAACAACAACAACACCAGAACCAACAACACCUGAACCAACAACCACUGUUGAACCAACAACCACUGUUGAACCAACAACCACUGUUGAGCCAACAACCACAGCUGAACCAACAACUACACCAGACCAAACAACCACACCAGAACCAACAACAACACGAGAACAAACAACAACACCUGAACCAACAACUACUGUUGAACCAACAACCACACCUGAACCAACAACCACACCUGAACCAACAACCACACCUGAACCAAGAACCACACCUGAACCAACGACCACAGCUCACUUUGUCACGACGAUACCGCCAACUACUACACCAGUGGCGUCAACCCUUGGCUGUUCGCUGAGCUGUUUGAAUGGAGGGACUCUAGACGCCCAAAGCUGCGUCUGCAACUGCGCACAGGCCUUCAAUGGAACGACCUGCUCGAAUUGUCCGCUGACAAGCACCUCCUGUUUAAACGGGGCCACGUUUGAUGCGGUCAAUUGUGAGUGCGUUUGCCCUAAUGGAAUGUCAGGUGUUACGUGCGAAGAGCCGGACCCAUGUGUGACUACGCCAACCCUUUGCUCGGGCGAAGGCGAGUACUGCGUCAGAGAUACUACAAAUGCUGACGGCUACACAUGUGAGUGUCGCGCCUUAGAUGGAUAUGUCCUAACCAGUACCAACGGAGUCUGCAGUAACACGGCCGUGAGUACAAUCACAGUAGUGAUGCGUGUGCUGGGAGUGAACGGGACUGCAGUCGUUUUCCUCGACGUCUACAAUGAUCCCAAUGCAGCAGCCACCAGAGCCUUUCUCAAAAUUGUGACUGAUGCGAUGCUUCGGCACCUUUUACUCGAUCCGCUGACUUCUAAUGUCAUUUCUGUCAUCGGUGUCUCUGUGGCGCGUGGGAGCGUCAUUGUCAACGCCGUUGUGACGACAUCGACCAACUCCAACGUCACCGCCGACAUGGUCAUGGAGGUUAUAAACGGUGACAUAAACGAGGGCCAGGUUCUUAACGAUGGACAAACCACACUGAACGUAGUCAACACAACAACCGCAUUUGUAUCAACCACAGCAUGUGCAACAGACUAUUGUCAGAAUGGAGGGACGUGUAACGUCACUGGCCAGUAUCCACAGUUCAUAUACACCUGCAGUUGUGCAACUGGAUACACAGGUCUUCAAUGUGAAUCGGAAAUCGUGGAAUUCACCACAGAAACGACAACUGUGCAGGUCUCAACGACAGCGGCACCAUUGCCCACUGUAGCAAUCGUGCUCAUCAUGCUGGGCGUGGUAGCACUCAUUCUCACGUUCUUCGGCAUCGCCAUGUGCUGCUGCAUCCUGCUCCGUCGACGCCAGCGCGAUGACUGGAGACGGCGCGCUUUCAACAAGUACCAGCGCCGUAUGGCCUUCGGCCGUAGGCGUAGCCUCAGCCUGGAUGAGUACGAUUCGCGCUCUGUGGCUACCGGCAGCGCCUACAAUGGGUCGGAUUUGGACGACCGGCGGAUGGGACACCUGGCCCAGGUUUUGGCGCGGUCCCCCUACAUGCAGCAGAGUCUUCACUCGGAGUUCGCAAGGCCGUACGUGGCAACCGGCAUGGAGGCUCUCCACUAUGAUCAACGAUGGGUGAAUGAAGACGCAGAGGAUGCCCGAGCGGCGGCUCGUCGCUCCCGACGGAAUCGCUUCAAUUACUAAACAUCAGGACUACUCGUUUGAGGCGUGGGAAAAAUGUGAAAUAAGUUUAGUUAAAACUACCUCUAUGUAGAGAGAGGUAUUUUCAAGUAAUUUUCUUUUUAUAACAUUAUAUUCUUAAAAGAUUUGUUUUACGAUGUACAUAGUGAGAGCAAACAUUAUCUCCAAGAAUCACCACAGAAUGAGCCUAGUGUACGUUGCUGAAAUAUUUACUAUAAUUAAUAUCGUAUUUUUAACGAAGAAUUAAGCAGGGCGAUACCGUUAAUUAAAGUAUUACGUCAGGAGAAAAUAUGAACUAUGCAAACAACUUUAAUGAAGCAGCUUUAUGCUCAAAACUGCUAGUAUCAAGUGUGGCAUAUUUUUACAGUGUAGGCAUGUCGUUUAUUUUGACUAAAUGCCGCCGUUGUUUUGUGAGUGUUAAUUAUAUAAUGGUUUUCGAUAGGAAGUAGAUGACAGAUCACAGUUGCCUAUUAUAAACGCAGCUGAUAUAUAAAAGUAGCGAACUUCUAAAUUGUAAUUAGGCCUAAGUAAUGGAAUUAUAUAUGAAUAUGGUAAAUAAUGCAGCUAAUAUUAACGUUACGUUGUUUUAUUUUUAUAAUGAAAGCCGUAUUCCCUUUGAGUGAUAGCCGUUUGCUAUUUCCCAGGUUUGCAGCAUUGUGACUUUGGACCUGAUCCCUGGCUACGUGGCAUAUACGGAUUUAUGGCUUCUGACUAGCGCGCCUUGAACAAAGACAUUGAUAAAAUGGGGAACCGCCGACACACGGUUGGAUAGCUCAGUUGGUAGAGCAUCGGAACGGCAAACUGGAGGUUGCAGGUUCAAAACCCGCUCCAGUCAAUUUCUUUGUUCAACUUUGAAAAGCAAAGUAUAAUACAACUAGUCAGUUUCCCGUUGUGGUUCAUUAAAAUAUUUUUUAAAUUAUAGAUUCAGUGCUUUACCUUUUCUAAAUAUUCAAUGUUAGGAGGAUUGUUCAGCUGCUUUUGCGCGGCGGAAAAUUAUUCGUUAAUGGUGCUUCACGUAAUGGGCAGAUGCAAACCGCACACAAUGUGUGCGCCUGAAACCGUCUGGUGUAAACUGCGUUGUAGCACGAACUAUGCAUGGAUACUCUUAACGGAUAUGUCAAACGGGUGUGGCACAAAUCGUUCCUGUAGUAUCGUCGGGUUUGUGGAUAAUAUUCGCGGGAAUAGACGAAAAUCCGAAAACCGAAAUAGUUGAUCGAUGCAGCCUGAUCCAGAAAAGUGUACAUGGACCAAAUUCGAAGGUCAGGGCGGCGAUCGGUUCUCAAGCCGAUAUAAGGGCUAAAAGGAGUAUUAUCUUUAUGAAGAAAUACUUCUACUUAUUCAGUGGUGUACCACCGUUGCAUAAAUUCACGUGUUACCUUUACAUAACUGGUGUUGGUCACAGUUGUUACAUCAAGGAGCACGAGUUGCAAAGCCCUCACAUUCCGGCCCUCUGAUAACUCUUCCAGUACUUGAGGAGUUAGGUUGACAAAACAGAGGUAGGCUAUAUUGAUGGAGUGCUGUGGCCUCGUGGUUAAGGGCAUUGGAUUCGUGGUCUGUGGGUAAAGCUGCAGGUUGUGGGUUCGAGUCCAGCCUGGGGUCAUGGUGUGUGUGCCCUUGAGCAAGGCACUUUGUCAUUCAUUGCUUCUCUCCACCCAGGAGUAAAUGGGUACCUGUGAGGGCAGAGAUGAAUAGUGUGGUUGAUUUUGCUGCUUUGCGCCGAAAAAAUGGCAGCAUCGAGCUGUAUACAUGUACUCCCCAGUACAAUUGUACAUCUAUCCGGGACAAAGAGAGCGAACAGCAACGCGGCUUACACCAGAGGGUGAAUGCAUGCAGGCGUGCGGCUAACGUCGGCGCAUGACUUGGGGCACCAUUGGCGAAUCUUUAAGAAGCCGAAUAGUCCACCGCGUACCAAAACAUAUCAAUACAUAAGAUUGAUUUGUUGAAAUCCAAUACUUUCGUACACGAUGUCUUACUGUCGCCCAGAGAUUUAUGGAAAGAAUGUUGCAACCGGACAACACUUUUUCGUCAUAUAUCAACUCAAUAAAGGUCAGUCAUUGCAAAAAUGUUUAAAAGACGUGAAUUUGAGACUGACAAAUAUUUCUAUUUUUGUUAGAAAAUACUUUUCUUGACUCUCUCUUGACACAACCACUGAAGUGGCGUCUGGAUACUACAUUCUUUCCGAUUAUAUUUUAAUCACACAUUAUCCUGCGCCACAUUGUCUUUGUAAACCUGUAUAAACCUGUAUACAUGUCUUUUAUAAGAAUUAUUUUUAAAGUAUAUUUGUCAACAAUAAUGAAAUAAUUUAGCUUAAAUUCAGAGUCAGAAAAUAUAA